AUGGCAGAAUACAAGUACGACGAGGAAGGUGGACAGUUCCUCACCUUUGUCCUCACCUUCCUGCUCCUCGUCCUCGUGCCACUCACAUACACGCUCCUCGCACCUUCCGGCGCCGCUUCCUCCAAAAAGGGCUCGUGGGAUGCACGUGGGCAGAAGAUCUCCCUCAUCCGCUCCGCCAAGAAGCGCUCGCUGCUCAACCCACAGGUCAGCUCCAAGGCCGUCUUUGUUCUCGCUGGCUGGGGUAUCGUCGCCUACCUCUUCCAGACCAUCCUCAACACUGCCACCAACUCUUCCCAUGCCGUGUACGAUCCUUUCCAGAUCCUCGGCAUUGCAGCUUCCGCUACGGAGAAGGAGAUCAAGAAGCACUACAAGCGUCUCUCGGUCAAGUUCCACCCGGACAAGCUGGUCCUUGGUGAAAAUCAGACAAAGGAAGAGGUCGAGGGUCAAUUUAUCGAAUUGACGAAGGCGUACAAGGCUCUGACCGAUGAGACGAUCCGCAAGAACUUUGAGCUGUACGGUCACCCGGAUGGAAAGCAGGAGAUGUCCAUGGGCAUCGCUCUGCCCCGAUGGGUCAUCGAAAGCCAGAACAACAUCUAUGUGCUCGGAAUGUACGCCGUCGUCCUUGGUGUAGGUCUGCCCUUCCUCGUCGCCAGGUGGUGGUACGGCUCUCGAUCCAAAACCAAGGACGGCAUCGUCAACUCCACCGCACAGACCUACUUCCAGCAUCUGCGUGAUGACACCAACCCUUCGCGCAUCUUUGCUCUCCUCGCCAUCUCGGACGAAUUCUCCGAUCCCAAGCUCGACAAGCUCGGUGCCAAACACGCCGACGAACCUGCCCUCGCAAAACUCGAAACCGAGAUCCGCAAAAAGCUCGCAGAGUUCGGUCCGGAAUGGCAGCUCAUCGACUCGUUCAAAAACGCAUCUAUCAGGAAGGCGUUGCUCAUGAUGCACGCUCACACCCUGCGCAUCGACAGCGGCAACAAGAAGAUCGAGCAGGACAAGCUGCGGUACGCUGCCAAAGCCGUUCAGCUUAUCAACGGGUUGAUGUCGAUCAGUUUGGCGCACAACUGGUUGGAGACGACGUUGCUGUUGAUGCAGUUUACGCAGUGUAUGGUGCAGGCUGUUCCGUUGCAGGAUUUGAACACGGCCGAGUUGCUGCAGCUGCCGAGCAUGACGACCGAGUUGGUGGCUAAGUUGCAGGCGUCCAAUAGUUUGGCCAAGUUGGGUAUUCAGGGAUUCUGGAAGAUUCCGGAUGCCGAGCGGAAGGCUGUCAUCACGGGUGCGGGUGUUGGGGCCAAGGAGUAUGAGCAGAUGGUCAACGUGACCUCCACUUGGCCCAGGGUGGAGUUGGUCGAUGCAUUCUUCAAGGUUUCCGGCGAGAGGUUGGUGACCACUGGAGCGAUCGUUCAGUUUGUAGUCAAGCUUCGCCUGCUGCCACCGCGCAAAGAUGGAAGUUUGCUACGGGAUGGUAGGAGACUGGAUGCCAAGAGGAUGGAUGAUGAGACGAGCGUACGACCUGACGAAGACGAACUCGACAAGAAAUCCGCCGAUGGCGAGAAGGAGGAUGGCAAGCAGUCGAUCGGGGUCGCACGUGCGCCGUACUUCUGGGAUGAGAGGAAACCCUCCUGGUGGGUCAUGAUUGGAGAUCAGAAGUUGGAUCGUGUCAUCGUCCAACCCACCAAAGUGUCGGAUAUCGGGGUGGACAAGGUGAGGACGUACUCGGUGCAGUUUCAGGCACCUCCUCAGGCUGGACUGUAUACCUUCCAGGCGAUUCUGAAGAGCGAUUCGUUCUUGGGUUCGGAUGCUAGUAGGAUGGUCAAGUUGAAAGUCGACGACGCAAGCGUGCUCGAGGCAGACGAGGAGGACGAGAUCAGCGAACCCGAGGAGGACAGCCUCGCUGGUCAGAUGGCGCUGAUGAAGGGUCAGAAGGUCAAGGCUAGUAGGAACGACGAGGACGACGAGAGCGAUGGAGAGAGCGCCACCGAGGAGGAAGACGACGAUGACGACGAUGAUUCGGACAGCGAUAGCGAUUCUGAUUGA